GUACAAUUUUCGAUGGUCAAACGGCACUUCUACUCUUUUUUCACAGAAUUGCAAAUGUUUUUUGACAUGUUGACAUAAAAACAAGAAUCGUCUCUGUGUGUGUGCUUGUUACAACAAUAAUAAUCAGAAAAUAAAAAUGGCAUCACGUCCAAAAUCUCCUGGACCUCCUUCUGCCCGAAGUGAUAAAGAGGAAUCGUUUUGGGAUAAAAUCGGCACUCUAGGCCGAAAGAAACGAAUCAAAGAAGUGCAAGAAGUUCAAGCCGAAGGUCGAUAUGCAAUUGAUUCGCCUGGCAAUCCAAACAAUCCCGAAAUUCCACCGGAGGAUUAUGCUUUACGGGACAACGAACAACGUGCAAUAAUUCAACCUCAAUCGCUUGCCGAUCCUCAAGUGCAAGAAUUGCAGCAAGUUCUUAUCGACUGGAUCAAUGACGAAUUGGCCAACCAAAGAAUUAUCGUCAAAAAUAUUGAAGAAGAUCUGUACGAUGGCCAGGUGUUGCACAAAUUGUGGGAGAGUUUGACUGGACGAAAACUUGAUGUGUUAGAAGUGACUCAGUCUGAGGAGGGACAACGAGAGAAGUUGGCGAUUGUGCUGAAUGCCGUGAAUCAUGUCCUUGGAUUCCAUCAUAAAAUUCCGAAAUGGAGCGUUGAGAGUGUCCAUUCGAAGAACAUGGUGGCCAUACUACAUCUACUGGUGGCCUUAGUACGACAUUUUCGUGCACCAAUUCGUCUACCAGAGAAUGUGUUCGUCACGAUCGUCAUCGCACAGAAGAACGGCCAAGUGCUCAGUGCACAGAAAUAUCAGGAACAGAUCACCUCACAAUACGACGAUGUCGGUAUGCGGUGUGAGCGUGAUGCAUUCGAUACGUUGUUUGAUUGUGCACCGGAAAAGUUAGCUGUUGUUAAGAAGUCAUUGGUGACAUUCGUCAACAAGCAUCUGAACAAGUUGAAUAUUGAAGUAGCCAAUCUGAGCACCGAUUUCAAGGAUGGCGUCUACUUGUGUCUGUUGAUGGGACUGCUGGGAGGUUUCUUUGUGCCAUUGUAUGAUUUCCAUUUGACACCGCGGGAUAGUGACCAGAUGGUACACAACGUUGCAUUCUCUUUUGAACUGAUGCAAGAUGUCGGUCUACCUCAACCGAAAGCUAGACCAGAAGAUAUUGUCAACAUGGACCUUAAAUCGACCCUUCGAGUCUUGUACAAUCUGUUCACAAAAUACCGAAAUUUGUCGUAAGAUAGCAAUGGCGGAAAUAUGUCCGUUUGGAAAAUGGAUGGGCAACGAUGCCACUUAAUACAAAAACCAAACAAAAAUACUGAGCGUCUUCUUGAAGAAUCUUUUUUCUUAACAAAUAACUGUGGUCCGUGGCUAAUACAAUUUAAUGAUUUUCACGUCUCUAGAUUAGUCUUCGUUCAAUGUGCCUUCUUUUUAUAGUGCCUCUUACGAUGUAUUUUUGUUUCUAAUUUUUAUUAAUUUAUUAAUAAAGUUUUUUUGGAACUAAG